AUGUCUUGCGAGUUUGCCGAACCAAAUCAAAACAAAAUCUUAAAACUUGAGCAAGAGCAGCCCGUCUUGAGAUUUGCGAAGUUGUCCGACAAUGCUCACACCCCAACAAAAGGUUCCAAGCUGGCUGCUGGGUACGAUUUGAAGAGUGCUUAUGAUUAUAUUGUUGAGCCACAUGGUAAAACCUUAGUUCUCACUGACCUGCAAAUUGCUUUGCCAUCCGGUUGUUAUGGGAGAAUAGCUCCAAGAUCUGGCCUGGCAGCUAAAAACUUCAUUGAUGUGGGAGCUGGUGUGAUUGAUGAAGACUACAGAGGCAAUGUUGGAGUUCUGCUCUUCAAUUUUGGGAAGGAUGAAUUUAAAGUUAGCAAGGGAGAUCGCAUAGCUCAGUUAAUACUUGAAAGAAUUUUUCUUCCAGAUCUAGUUGAAUGCAAAUCUCUUGAUGAAACAGACAGGGGAAGCAAUGGCUUUGGGUCGUCUGGAUCUCAAUAA